CGGAAUCUUUCACACACUUGACCUCACUCCAAACAGUACAUUACAACCCUCAAUCUACAGGUGAAUCGAUUUCGCUUGCAGGCUUGCAGCCCAGGCGGCAGGUCCUGUGUGGCGCCAUCAUGUGACCAGAUGACUAGCGCUCCAUGCGCGUGUAAACCCUCUCACAACCCUCCCUCUUUCAUUCUUUUCUCUCAAUCCUCCGCCGUCGCCUGCAUUCACAGCAAUAAUUAACUUUUUAUUGUGAGAGAAGCGCAAUCUUCCACUUCAUUUCCAAUAUUUACAAUGACGACCAUUCUAUUUUGUCUCUUUUUCAUGCUAUCAUUGCCUUCUGGGUUUUUUUCUGUAUAUAAUCCGGAUCGCCCUCACCCCACUGCAUUGCCAAGAUCGAAAUCUCUGGUGUGGGGUGGUAUAUACACAGCCGCCGACCGUGAUAUAUACAGUGUUCUGGGAUAUAUACAGUAGAAUACCGAGAUUGACAAUGGCGGAAGGAUUGAAUGUGAAGUGCUUUUUGGUGGCUGUUGUUCUGUUUCUGCCCUCAUUGGCGAAUGGGUUGAGGCCAGCCUUCAUGGCAGCAGAGAUGCAGCAGAAUAUAAUAAAAAAUGCCGAGGCACAACCUUCGGAGCAACUGCAUUCAGAGAGGAAGCUGCAGGGGAGUAUGGAAUUUUACCAGCAGCAAGUUCGUCCAGAGAAGUUAAAUGCUCCACCUCUCAUGUCAAGGGAGUCUGCAAGGAUGGUUCCUACUGGUCCUGAUCCUCUGCACCAUAAUGGGGGUCCUAUUAAGCCUAAAUUUCCUUAGAGAUUCUGUUCUUGUGCAACCCACUAAGAUGUCUGUAAUAGCUGACCUGCAAACUUAAAUCAGAAUUAUGUACUUAAGAGUAAUGUAAUGUGUGAGCAGAAAUAAUGGCCGAUUGAUGUAAGUGAAUAUCAUCUGGCAUGCCUUGCCUAAGGUUUUGGGGGAUUGAAAUCGAUUUUCGGGGGCUGAGAGUUGAGAUUAGUUGUUAUUGUGUAAGAGGGUUUAAAUAUCUAGACUGUAUUGUAAUUGGCUAAGUGUAAUAUAUAAUGUGAAUUUGAUCCUUAACUGGAAAAUAACUG